AUGACCCUAUUAGAUUCCGCCAAUUUAUUCUCCUCCUUUUCCAUUCAUACAUUCAAUACCACUGCCGCCAAUGAUUCCUCAUCUGCUGCCUACUCACCAACUCCCGCCAAUUCUCGUGCUUGUUUAGCUUGUCGAAUGGCCCAUAAAUCAUGUGAUAGAGCCAAACCUGCAUGUUCGAGAUGUAUUUCGAGAGGCAUUGCUCAUCUGUGCUGUGAACCAUCGACUAAGAAGAGAGGACGACCAAGAAAAUGGAAAGAUUCUGAAAAACAAGACUCACCUCAAGAACAAUAUGAAGAAGAAAUUAAUUUCAAUGCUAAUAGUUCACCUCAACCUUCAAAUAAUGAAUCAUCAUUGAGUCAUAGUGAAUCUGGAGUUUCGUCUCCAAGUGAGUUGAGUGCUCAAUUGGGAGGUAAUUCAUCUCCACUCGUUUAUAAUGUUAUUCCAUCAAGUACAUGCAAGUCACCUGUCGAAGAAGCCUUACUGACAGAAACUUUGAAAAAGACACAAUCUAAAAAACUCAAGUUUAUCAAGAUUAUGAACUAUAACCCAAAUCAUAGAGAAACUUUCUCACCAAGAUUUACAAUUACUUCCUCAGAAAAGAAACAUACUCUUUCCACACCUCAAGAUAAUCAACCUUCUCAAAAGAAGAGAAAGACCAAGUCAACUAAUCCAAUUCUUUCCUCUACUAACUACCAAACCUCAACUGUCAGCCAACCAAGUCAACCACUUGUUGAAAUUAAUGUGAAAUCUGUUCAAUCCUCUCCUGUAACAUCACCAAGUUCAGUUCCUACCCAAUUUUCUCCAAUUCCUUCACCAACAGUUAUAUAUUCGCAAACACCUUUCACUCAACCAACAUUUAUCCCAAACAAUUCUCAAUUUUACUAUCCUACUGCCAUUUCUACUAACCAACCUCGUCAUUGUGAUGAGGGGCGAAUUGUCAACAACAAUCAAGUGAAAUUACCUUCAAUUUAUAGCUUGCUUUCAUCGCUCCAAGAAUAA